GAAAAACAAACAGAUUAUUAUUAUAAUAAUAAAACAGUUUUUUGGCGGAUAAAGCAAAAUAAUUUUUCUUAGAGAACAAAAGAGAAUUUUCGGGAUGAGCACGAUAAAUAUACGGGGUGUUGCCGUAGAAUUCCCCUUCGAACCGUACGAGUUACAAAGAGAAUACAUGGACAAGGUGAUUGAAUGCCUGCAAAAGGAAACAAAUGGCGUUUUGGACUCGCCCACUGGGACCGGCAAGACCCUCUCGUUGCUGUGCUCGAAUUUGGGCUGGUUGCAGGUGAAAAAAGCGCAAAUUCAGGCGCAGAGAAUGGACAGCAUUGUGGAAGAGGAGAAGCAGGCUUUCAUGGGGAAUCUGAAAGAACUGACUGGAAAAGUGGAUAAAUGGAUGGUACAUAACGCAGGCAAAGCGGACUGGCCUUCAUGGGCUUACCGACCAUCAUUUGAGAAUGAAUACUCAGUUAUUGCAGGCAAUGAAUGAACCUAAACGGAGUGCAUACAAGCACAUGAAGGCCUGCAUUAUAGGAUCAAGGAAGCAAAUGUGCAUACAUCCAGCAGUGAUGAAGGAACAGAG